GUCUUGUGUGCCUUGUUCAUCAUGAGUGACAGCUCCAAUGUCGAGCAGCUCGUUAAGGAGCUUGAUGAGCUUGUUGAUCAUUCUAAAUUAAAUGAUGGACUCCAGACCUUGGAAGGUUUCAUCAAUAAGAUGGAGGUAGAACGGGAGGCAGCACUAUCCACCAGCCAUCAACCGGUCCAGGAGGCCCCACCAUCCACCAGCCAUCAACCUGUCAUGUAGCUGAAGAGGGACAGUGAUGGAAAUGUUGUCCAUGACAGACCAAGAUCAUGCCGAAACCAAUUUGCUAGUCACAGCUACAGUCGCAAGACUGGUGCUCAUACUACAAUGUUGGACAGCAGCGUUGAGAGAACCAACUACUGUCCUCCUGACACUGUUGUCUUUCCUUGAAGAGCUAAACCACUCACAGGGUGAUGACAUGGAUGAUCAGGAAACAGCACCAGCACCACCACGAGCUUCCUUAGACGGGUCUACUCGAAGGAGUCUCCUCUCAGAGAGGUGGGCGAAAGAGAGACCCCGGCUGGUGAAUACCAUGGUGGCACAACAAAAUGCGGAAACUGGGAUCUGCCAACAGUGUGGCAGCAGUCAAGCUGCUGUCCGUUGUCGUGACUGCCGACCUCACCCACUCUUAUGUGCUGAGUGUGAUGUCAGUUUACACAGAAACCAGGUGUUCCACAACAGGGAUGCAACAAUAGCUGGAUUCUUUCAGCCAUUGCCUCCAACAACCUGUGUCGUGGAGAGGGUUCUUUCCCAGUGUGGACGAUAUGAUCUCUCUAUGCCUGAGAUGAAAUGCGAGGCAUGCAAAGCCACUUGGAGUGCUGGAGUCGAUGACUUGGUCCGUAAUGACUACUGGCCUGCGACCCUUCACUUCUCCACGGUGUACUCUACCGAUGUGUUUCAUUCAUAUGAAGAGUUGAAGAUGGCAGCACCAGGACUUUCCUGUCAAGCCUUUUUGAGAAUGCUUGAUCAACGAACUGUCAACUUCGGCCGUACUGGGAAGAUCACAGCAGACAGCUUCAGAAAAAGGUUUUUGGAGUGGGAGGCUGUUAGAUUUGAGGUCGACAAGAUAUGCAGAGAGGAGCCAUUUGUCUGUCCUGCAUGCACCCCAGACAUGCUUGCCGUUUCAGUGGACGGAAAUCGCAAGCACUACCGCUUUAAGAAUGCAGCAAGAUCUGAGGAGCAAGCCUUAUUUGAUGGCAUCUUCAUUGCUAAAGAUGAUGAAGUCUCUGGAAGAGGUGUCUGUGGAGGGGAGUAGUCAGCAGCCAGAGAAACAUCUCAGAGAUCCAGGAGUAAAAUUGAUGAGGAGGGACUUCAGCUUGCGGUGUGUUGACAUGUCGUUUUUCUCAGCGCUCUCAACAUGUUCAGGGGAGAAAUCUACGCUUAUCCCCUCUACCUGCAGAACAAGCUGGCAAAUAAGCCAAUAACCUUUUUUGCCAUGGAUGUUACAUGCAAGUACUGGCCCUACCUCAACAAAGUGGCAAAAAGCUGCCCGGAGCUCCAGCACCUUCUUGACAUGAAGCCAUUCCUGUCAGUGUUUCAUGCUAAAGCCCAUGACUUUAAAUGCGAGGUUAAAUGGAGUGGAGCUUACCAGCAAGGGGCUGGAUUGACACUUGGGGAGGAGGUUGAGCAGUGCAACGCCUUCCUCUCUAGGAUUGCUGUGACGACAAAACAUAUGUCCAAAGCAGGUCGUACAGACAUGCUUACACUGAUGGCCAUGCGCUGGAAUCAGCAAAAUUUAAUAACUUGGCUACUUCACUUGCCCGCCGAUAUCAGAAGGCCACAAAAGGGCUGGAAAGCCGGCUUCAGGACCUGGAGGUCAUGAGAGUCCAACUGGCAGUGACACAGGUUGAAGUUGAGGGCUGGGUUACUGACGUAAAAGAGUGGGCAGAAGCAACAACAUCCCAAAAGAAUGCAGAUCUGGACGCGGUGACUAGUAGAUUGGAGGUGCUGGUGGCCAGCAUUAAAAGAAGGUCCCAGCGCCUUUACAAAGACACCGAUGGCAGCAAAGGUCGGGCCCGGAUUCGGCGCAAAAUCAGAGAGGAGAUGGCCAUUCUUGGCUCUGUUGCUGACAAAUACAACAGCAUGGUUCCAGAUGCAGAGAGAAUCAACUUUGACAGCAUUCUCUCUGAGGGGACAGUUUGGCCGUGGCAACUUUCCCAUGGUGGUAUACAAAUGUAGAUUUGAAAACCAAGAGGAAGGCGUUUGACGUUGUGAUGGCAAUAAGGAGACUUGAGGAGGAGAGGAAGAUUGUCAUUGCCGAGAUGGCAAAGCAUUGGAAAUCUCUCUCCACUCGUGCAGACACGCUCAAGGAGAUGUCAUGCCGGUUUUCCAGUGAGCCAUUGCAAAGUGAGCUGUGGGGUCUAAAUGAAGAAGGGAUCAAGGGUCUCCGCAGCUUAACCUUGAAAAAGAAGCAAGCAGUCACAACAAUGAUGAAGCAUGCGAGAGACUGUUACGCUCAAGUUUUGAGAGGAACCAGUAUGGACUUCCAGAGGGACUGGGAUGGAUACGACAGUGACUCUGAAAUGUCAGACGAGUUAACUUGGCUUUCAUCGCUCCUGAUAUCCUGACGCGACUAGAAAAAUUGAUGAACUGCUCAACUUUGCUUCUCGCAUACUUCAUUUUCUUUUUUUAAUUAAAAAAAUUGGAAAUUCUUGUCUAGGUGGCAUCCACACACAACGUGUACUGUAAACAUGGGGGUUGUCAAUGUCAUCAAUAUUCAGUCUUUAAUCAUCCAGUAUCCAAUAUGAUUGCAGACCUUUUUGUAUCAUGAAUGACACCUUUUAAUGUAUUUAACCAACCCACUGUUUCUCUUCUACAUGUAUGCAAUAUACGAUGAUGUAUCAUGGCUGAAGAGCAAGUAUAAUAUACUUUGGAAGUGAACCAAGCUGCACUGAUUCAUUGCUAUUUGUACUGUUUUUAUUGAUGCUAUUAUGAACUUACACUCCAUAAACAAACUGAAAGCUGCCACACAGACCGACAUCAUUUUUAUCCCUGUCAUGUAUAAGCAUAUCUUUAUGAGUACAUAAUGUUCCCAUGUAUUAUAUC